GAUAACGAAGACGGUUCUUGCGUGGACUGUCCCGUAGUUCUACUGUAGUUGCACCCUUCUAGUAGCUGGAUAUUUCAUGUAGCCUAAUUGGAAAGGAACACAACUCGUCUUAUUCGGAACUGUUGGAUGGAUUGUAAAUCAGCUAUGCGUGACUCGUGCGCCUACUUGAACUCAACGUUGUAAUCACUGGAUGGAAAAGACGCCUGACUGAGAAUGCCACCACUGAUUGACCAGAAGUGGAGCAAUGAAAUAGCCGCGCCAGCUCCCUGAGGACAAGGGAACAGCGCACAAACUUGCGUGUGUGUGUGUGUGUAUCUGAAUUUUACUUUUCGAAGCGUGUGUGUGUGUGUGAGAGAGAUCUCUUGUGCCCCGUGACCCUUGUGGAGGGCGGCGGUGGAGGCGCUGGUGAUGGCGUCCCAUAAUGCUUUGCUGCUGCUGCUACUGGGACUGCUGUCGCUGUGCUGUGCGGCGGCGUCGCGGGACGGCUACCCCUUCAGACCACCCAUGGACCUGGACGUCACCCCACGCACCACCGUGCUCGUCAGCGGGCUGCUUGGCUGUGAGCGGUUUCGAGGCUCGGUGGUGAACUACAGUACCCUGCUCCUGGAGGAGGAGAAUAAGAAAGAAAAGAAGGAUGAGAUGGAGGAGAAGAUGAUGGAGGAGAAGAUGGUGGAGGAGCCUGAGGAUGGAGGAGGAGGAGGAGGAGGAAGUGUAGGCGAAGGAGGAGAAGGAGGAGGUGGAGGAGGAGGAGGAGUGCUGUAUGUCGGGGCCCGGGGUGCCGUGUACGCCCUCUCAGCGCGUAACAUCUCCUCCAGCCUUCCACGCACAAUCGAGUGGGAGGCAACUGCUGACCAGAAACGACAGUGUCUCAACAAGGGCAGAGACAACAAAACCGAGUGUUUCAAUCACAUCCGUUUCCUGCAGCGGUUCAAUAGCACCCACCUGUACACGUGUGGAACGCAUGCCUUCAAACCCCUCUGUGCUUACAUAGAUGCCGCAAGGUUUAAGAUUUCCUCGGGGUUGGAGGAAGGUCGUGAGAAAUGUCCAUAUGACCCUGCCAAAGGCUACACGGGACUUCUCAUAGAUGAGCAGAUGUACACGGCUUCCCAGUACGAGUUCAGGAGUUCCCCCGACAUCCGACGCAACUCCCCCGGCCCCCCCAUCAAGACAGAGGAGGCCCCCACGAGAUGGCUUCUGGAGGCCGACUUUGUGGGCUCUGCGCUGGUGCGGGAGAGUGUGAACAGCUCGCUGGGCGACGACGACAAGAUCUACUUCUUCUUCACGGAGAAGAGCCAGGAGCCGACCGCCUUCAGCGCUCAGGGGCGCGUGGCCCGCAUAGCACGCAUCUGCAAGGGGGAUCGCGGGGGCCACCUGACGCUCCAGAGGAAGUGGACGUCCUUCCUGAAGGCGCGGCUGGUCUGCUCGCUGCCCGACUACCAGCUCCACUUCAACGUCCUGCGAAGCGUCUUCACCCUCAGCGGAGCCACUGCACAUGACACCCGAUUCUACGGGAUCUUUGGCCUGGAGUGGAAAAACGUGAAGGCGUCUGCGGUGUGUGAGUACUCCAUGCAGGACGUGUGGCAGGCAUUUGAAGGGCCCUACAUGGAGAGCCAGGAGUCCAGCUUCAAGUGGAGCCAGUACAGUGGGAAGGUGCCCGAGCCCAGGCCCGGAUCGUGUAUCACGGACAGGUUGAGGGCCAGGGGUGUGAACUCGUCCUUCCAGCUGCCUGACGACGUGCUCCACUUUGUGCGUCGCCACCCGCUCAUGUUCCAGCCUGUGCAGCCCCGCCUGCGUCGCCCCCUGCUGUUCAAGCGCAGCGUAGACUACACCCAGCUGGCCGUGCACAGUCAGCAAGCGCUGGACGGACGCACUUACAACGUGCUCUUCAUGGGGACCGAUGAGGGCUGGCUGCACAGGGCGGUGGAGAUUGAGGGUCGUGUGCACAUCAUGGAGGAGCUACAGCUGUUUGAGGAGCCGCAGCCUGUGGAGAGCAUUGUCAUAUCCGCAGUACAGAGGAGUGUGUAUGUGGGCUCUGCCUCGGAGGUCGUGCAGCUGCCCAUGUCCACCUGUGGCCGGUACGGCUCCUGUUACGACUGCGUGUUCUCCAGGGACCCCUUCUGCGCCUGGGACGGACACUCCUGCGUGGAGGUGGUCUCUCGCUCUCGCUCCGACAGGUCUAGUCUGCUGCAGGAUGUCCAGCAGGGGAGUCGAGGCUGUGCCAAUGACACUGCAGAUGUGCUGCACCGCAGUCGCUCGGUGACGCAGGGGGACGACGUGCUGCUGCAGUGCGAGCUGAGCUCCAACGUGGCGUCUCCCGAGUGGACCCUUGACGACCAGCGUCUCCAGGGUUACGGGCUGGACACGGGGUUCCGCGUGGGCACCGACGGGCUGCUGCUGAUCGCCGUGCGGACGGAGCAGAGCGGCCGCUACCGCUGCUUCGCCCUGGAAAACGGCGUCAGCGUCCUCAUGGCGGUGUACGACAUUGUUGUGCGCGCCGAACUCGUCCCGCCGCCCGUUCAGCCGCCGCCUCCGGAGCCCACACAGCUGCCAGAUGAUGAGGACCUGGAUGUCAUCGCUGACAUCGCCACCGACCCUCCCCGCAUAUUUACCUCCCAUCCCCCCAGGCAAACCUCCACCACCAAGCCUCCACCCACCACCACCAUCACUACCAUUACCACCACCACCACCACCACGCACCCGCCGGACUCUCCCCGCAGUGACUUCCUGUCGGUGAAGAACAUGGAGGCCAUGUACCUGUCCCUGGUGACCAUACUGGGGGGCCUGUGCCUGGUGCUGACGGUGGUGCUCCUGUACGUGGGCUUCUGCGUCAGCACCAGGCGGGGGAAGUACUCUCUGUCCCGCGCGCAGCGCUACCGUUGCGGCACCCACCACCACCACUCGACGUCCCACCACUCCUCCUGUCACUCCACCCCUCUGGAGCUACGCACCGUCUCCUCGCACUGCAACGGCACGUGCCGGUCAGGAGGGGGCGCCGACAUACACGCAGACACAGACGGCUAUCUGCAGAUCGUUCCCGGGGAGGGGCAGCUUUCGCCCAAUAAGGACCACCACCACCACCACAAUGGCCUGCUACCGCCAGCCCCGCCCCUGCCUCCUCCCCCGCUGCCGAACGGGGAGUUUCCUAACGGGUUAGCGGCGACACUGCCUAGCGUCUUACGGAGGAUGAACGGCAACAGCUACGUGUUGCUACAACAGAGCGAUUCGGACACGUCGCCGUUGUACUAUUCCUUCACAGACGAGCUCAACCACAUCCUGGAAAAGAGGAAACACACACAGCUGGUGUCCAAGCCAGAUGAGAGCUCAGUUUAACACCUCCCUAACAUCCUCAGCCUUUUUUUCCCCCACUAUAGCGCCUCUCUGUGGUGGGAGGUCUCAACUGCGGUUACCCCCCUUUUUGUGUGAAAGGAGUUGAGAAUGAGGUGGGAGAAUGUUGUGACAGUGUCAACCCCCCCCUCUCCUGUACUCCGCAACUAGAAGGCUAACUAACACUGGCUAAGUAUACUGAUGACACUCAAACCCUACUCGUGCUCAGUGUAUCAAACUACAAAAAAAGACUGACUGACAUAAAUUAACAGCAUUUAG